CGAGUGCGACGUUCAGAAUGCUGGGGUGUCGCGUUCCCCUGCAGUUACCAGCUGCCCUAGCAGCGUCGCUGGUGUACCUGGUGGCCGGCGUGUCCAUCGGCUGGAGCUCGCCGCUGGUGCCGCGGCUGCGGCAGAACACGUCGCACAUCGUCAUCACGGCGGAGGAGGGCUCGUGGCUGGCAUCGACCGGCGGGUUGGUGGCGGCGCCGCCGUCGCUGCUGGCCGGCGUGCUGGUGGACGUGGUGGGCCGCCGCACCAUGCUGCUCGCCUGCGCCCUGCCCUUCCUCGUCACCGCCGUCUGGCAGCGCUUCGCCUCCUCCUUCUGGGAGCUGCUCGCCAGCAACAUCCUCUCCGGCGUUGCGGUCGGCUUCAUCUUCCCCGUGUUUCCUAUGUAUGUGGUGGAGAUAGCACAGGACCACAUCAGAGGGUUACUAGUCUCACUUGGUCUGCUGAUGGCCAGUGUAGGCUCCUUCCUGAUGAUGAUUGUGGCGUCGUACGCACCAUUUGACGGUGUGACGGAGUUCAUGAUGGCCGGCCCCAUCGUGUUUGUGGCGUCGUUCUGGUGGAUGCCGGAGAGUCCGUACUUCUUGGUUGCCAAACACCGCUCGCAGGAGGCAGCGCAAGCCCUGAUGCGGUUGCGUGGGAAAAGCUCGAAUAAUGAUGUAAUAGGCGAGUUGGAGGCCAUCCAGAGGGCCUUGGAAGAGCGCACCAAGAACGAGAUCAGCGCCGCGGACGCCUUUCUGGAACUGCGGAGGAACGCCGGAGCGCGUAGGGCCUUCUUGCUGUCGAUUACUUACGUGAUCGUACUGGUGUUCGGAGGCAGCGCCACCAUAGGCGUGUACUCGACGCAGAUAUUCCAGACCACCGGCAGCUCACUAGACGCCAGCGUGUCGGCCAUCAUCCUCUGCGCCGUCCAGGUUGCCUUCAGCAUCCUCGGAGUCCUCCUCGUGGAUCGAGUGGGCAGGAGACCCCUCGUACUCUUCUCGUUCGGAGGCUGCGCUGUAACUGUGGCAGCACUGGGAACGUACUUCUACUUGAUGGCUUUCGGCAAUAAAGGAACCGUCGACAGCCUCUUCUGGUUACCAUUGACAGCGCUCAUUCUAUACUACAUUUCCUACGACAUGGGAGGCAGCGCAUUACUGUGGGUGUUGAGCAACGAGCUGACUCCCGCGUCCGUCCGAGGAUUCUCCAACGCCUGCGUCGGCAUCCUGUUGUCGGUGCUGGCGUUCGGCAUCACCAAGCUGUUCCAACUGAUCGAAGACUCCUUCGGAACCUACGUCCCCUUCUGGUUCUUCUCCAUAUCUUGCUUUGUCGGGGUCAUCUUUGCGUGGUUCUUCAUCCCAGAGACUAAGGGCCGUUCUCUGGAGGACAUCACUGCCGAGAUGAGCGCUAAGGCGGAAGGGCUCCCUCGUGAGUCCUUAACGCGAAAGACGAGCCUCGAGGAUGUUAGUGCUGUGCAGUAAUUUUUAUGAGAUGUAUAUGUAUGAUACCGAACCUGAGACAAGAAUCUUGAAUGACCUACGCAAACAGAAUCAGUUCUGUUUAGCAGGAACAUCUAAGAAUAUGUAUCCAAACACAACCCUAGCUUGAUUUUGAGAUUUCUUUAAGCUCUGAGUACAUUAAAACAUACGGGUUAUCGUGCUAAACGACUAAGAGGCAAUUUUGCACGAAGUGUGUUUUCUAGUUCGUUAGGUGGAAUGUGAAGAUGGUUUUUACAUGCUAAAAUGUCACUCUCCAAUUAUGGCCGAUGCUUCAAAGACCAACAGAUGGACGAGAGAGUACUACUAUGACUUGUUCAUGUCAAAGUGAUAAGUGUAGAAUGUGUCAAACGACUUUGCUGUUCUGUACAUAGGGAUUAUACACCUCCGCUAGCUCCUGCCGUUUUGAAGCCUGACUCUUGCGUGUCUUUAUCGGCGGUUCAAUGGAUAGUGAAAGCUAUAUGAAUAACCCAGCAAAGGGAAGUAACAGAAAAUCUGGUAACGCUAAAGGAGAGCGUGAGCGGAGGUGAGGAAGCAUUUUCUUCCUGAUGAUGUAAUGAACACCAUAGCAAAACGUCCAAUAAGCAACCUUUUAAAGUUUUUCAGAUGAAAGACAGUUAUUUUAUGGAUUUUCAGCAAGCAACUGGCACGAUCAUGAUUAAAAGUAACACUAAUAUAAGUUCUGCCUCGUGGAUUAAAGCUGCCAACUCUUGUGUUGUGCAGAAAAAAGACAUUAGGUGCCACUGAUAGAUGGGAAAUGAGUACUGAAAAAAAGGCCAGCGAUGUGGAGAUUCCUAAACGACUACAUUCAGUGAGGUCACUGAUGCAAAACGAUAGUAUUCAUAGAAGAAAAGAGAUCUCAAAAGUGUGAUGGAAUACCGGCCUUAGGCGUACAAAAACUUUUAAUGUUACCUGUGCCGAGACAACACAGUAAAAUGAUUACUUGAGCUAGAAACACUGCAAAACUUGUUUGAUGGUCUUAUUAGCCCCUUUAGCAUUUCAGCUGAAAUUUAUUCAAAAUUCAAUGUUUAUUUGUUAUUUUGGAUUGUGCCAAGUGAUAACUUGCUUUC